AUGAUUUCGCAACACCCGGACGCUCCGGGGCGGCGACUUAGCAUAUCGCUGAAAUACACCGGCCCACAAAGUAAAGAGGAGGGUGAGAAACUUUUCAAAGAUGCAAACAAAAAACGACUGGCGUUCCAAGGUUGUCGCAUUUUCCGACUUUGCUCUCGAGAGAAAACAGACGAUGACCGAGCCGAGUCGAUCCGGAAAUACCUGCGUGCCGCGCAUCAUUUUAUGAACGCGAACGAGUGGGAAAAGGCGGGAGAGUCGUACGAGAACUGUGCUCGGCUGCAGGAAAUGGGAAACGAGAUGGAAACAAUUGACGCUGCGGGAAGCUAUGCCAGUGCUGCACUAUGUUACAAACAGGAUAAAUGCAUAAAAGAGAAAAACGGUCAGCAACCUACGAAUCGAAGCAAUCGGUCGGUGUCGACGGUUAUGGAAAGAAUUAGACUCCCGAGUAUAGACGAAAGCAAACUAAACCCUAUAGACACGUCACUUAGCCGGUUAGCUCAUAUGCAGAUGGAUUACAAAAACUACGAAAAAGCGAAAGCCAAUUUCGAAAAACUGGCAGUUGGGUUGUACACAGAUGAAUCAAACGAAGACCACGCAGAUAACUUCUUUUUCAAAGCGGCUAUGUGCGCUCUUGCUCAUAACCCUGAACUCGCAUUAGAAUCUGUUAAAAGAUAUUUCGAAAUGAGACCAAACUUACAAGAAACGCAACAGUUUGCAUUGUGGUUCGAGUUAUUUAGAAAUAUGGAAGAACAAAUUCAGACCCGCAGUCGAAGACAGUCCGUGCAAGGUCUGAAGAACGACCCCUUCUACACGCUGUACAACUAG